AUGGAGACUUUUUGUAAUGAUUCAGAUAAGAACUUUGAGAUUCUUGACUAUGUUAGCAUUAAGGAUAAUUCUGAAAGUCUUGAACAACCAACACUUUCACUAUUAUCUAAAUAUAGUACAAGCAAUACAAAAAUAGCUCAAUAUUAUCUUUUACAAAAUAUAUCAAGUCUUAUAGAUUCUUAUAAUUCAGAACUUUCUAUUUUCAAGUUGGACAGUCAACAUUUAUUAGCAAUAAAUAAAAAAUUGCAUAAUAUUUUUAAUUUAUUUGUUGAAAAUAAAUAG